AUGCCUCGGAGGCGCUUAGUCCGAGUAGCACCUGUCUUUGGCUUCUUUUGGCUUCUCUACCUUUUCGCGGGCGAAAUUGACGUGUCCGAGCCAGCAACGCGCUGGCCUGCCACUGAUGGACAAGCCGAUCCGUGCCGUCUUCACGGAUGGAAAUCCUUCAAGCCGGAAUCCGCGGACACGCCGCGUAAGGUGUACGAUCUGCUGAUGAUCAACACAGAACUCGACUGGCUCGAGAUCCGCCUUAACAGCACCUGGGAUGCGGUCGACUAUUACGUCCUCGUCGAAGGCCGCAUGACUUUUACCGGUCUUGACAAGCCCCUAACGCUCAGGGACAACAUGUCCAAGUUUGAGCAGUAUCAGUCUAAGAUCAUCUACCGCGAGAUUGAGUAUCCGCCUGACUUCGAUCCUCAUUACACCUGGGACAUAGAGGACCACCAGCGCAAUUCAAUGUUCACACAAGUCUUUCCGCGUCUGACUGGCUCGCAAGCACCUAACCUGGGCGACGUCAUUGUCGUGUCGGAUGUAGACGAGAUCCCACGCCCUUCUACUCUAGCCGUUCUACGCGAAUGCCAGUUCCCCCGCCGCCUCACCCUGCGCAGCCGCUUUUACUAUUAUAGCUUCCAGUACCUGCACCGCGGCGUUGAGUGGGCGCACCCCCAGGCAACAUACUACCAAGGACUCCGCGAGACGCUGCUACCUAACGACCUGCGACUUGGCAUAGGCGGGAUUUGGCCGUUCAAGGAGUGGGAGAAGGCCGAUUUCUGGAACGCCAGCUGGCACUGCUCCUCGUGCUUCGAGACAAUUGGGGAGCUGCUGACCAAGAUGGGGUCGUUUUCACACAUUUCGAUGAAUGCGGAACAAUACCGGGACAGGGAGAGGAUCGCGGACCGCGUACGGAACGGGAAGGAUCUCUGGGACCGCGAGGGAGAGGUGUACGACCGGAUCGAAAAUAACCUGGAUGUGCCGUCAUUCUUGCUGCAAAACAAGGACCGGUUUCGGUACAUGCUGAAUCGAGACGGGCCGACAGCGGGGUUCACGGACUACGAUGGGUAG